AUGGAGAAAGACACCGACAUGGAAAAGGCACCUUCUAGUCCGGUGGUGCAGGACAUUGCAGAGGCACAGACCGAAGCAUACCAGACUCCUGGCUUCACGCGCAAACAUCCCUUCCUCCAGCGCCUUGCAUCAUGGGGCGUCGAACUGCACGGCGUCACGCCCGUACCGGUGGAAGACAGGACCAGCACCCGCUACAUCAAUAUCUUCUUUGUCUGGUUCACCAUGAGCAUCAAUCUCCUGCCCAUCGUCACCGGCAUGGUGGGAACCCUGGGGUUCGGAAUGAGUCUGCGAGACACCUCGCUGCUCAUCCUCUUCUUCAGUCUCUUCUGCACCAUCUUCCCGGCCUACUUCUGUACCCUGGGCGCACGAACUGGCCUGCGCCAAAUGCUUCACGCCCGCUACACGUUUGGCUACUACCUCGUCUCGAUCGUUGUACUCCUCAACCUGGCCACCAUCGGCGGUUUUGGCGUGAUUGAUGCUGUGGUGGGCGGGUCGACCCUGUCGGCGGUCUCGAACGGCAACGUUAACGACACGGUGGGCAUUGUCAUCAUCACGAUCCUGGCGUUGCUGGUCUCGUUUGCCGGAUACAAGGCCCUGCAUCAGUACGAACGCUACGCCUGGCUGCCGGCUCUGAUUGCCAUCAUCAUCGCCACCGGCUGCGGCGGCAAACAUCUAUCCCACCAGGUCGAGACCGAGCCUCCGGCGGCGUCGCUGAUCAUCUCCUUUGGAGGCGUCAUCGCCGGCUACAUGAUCCCGUGGGCGGCCAUGGCGUCCGACUUCGCCGUCUACUGCCACCCCAGCGUCUCGACAGCCCGCAUCUUCUGGUAUUCCUACGCGGGGCUCCUGGUGCCCAGUGUGCUGCUGAUGAUCCUCGGCGCCGCCAUCGGAGGCGCGGCGCCCAACGUGCCGUCAUGGAGCGACGGCUACGACCGCUACUCGGCCGGCGGGGUGCUCGAGGCCAUGCUCAAGCCGGCGGGCGGGUUCGGCAAAUUCGUCGCCGUCAUCCUGGCCUUUUCGCUGCUCGGCAACAUCGCCGCGACCAUGUACUCGGUCACGUUGAACUGCCAGCUCCUGAUCCCCGUGCUGGUGCGCGUGCCCCGCGCCGCCUUUGCCGUGCUGUACACGGCCGUGUGCAUCCCGCUGUCCAUCUACGCGGCCAAGAACUUCUUCGACAGCCUGGAGAACUUCAUCUACGUUAUUGCCUACUGGUCGGCCGAUUUCGUCGCCGUCGUUAGCAUCGAGCAUUUUGUCUUCCGCCGCGCCGACUGCGCCACCUACGACCUGGCCAUCUGGGAUGUGCCGCGCAAACUGCCGUCGGGCAUCGCCGCCAUGGCUGCCUGUGCUCUUUCGUUUGCCCUGAUUGUGCCGUGUAUGGGCCAGGUGUGGUACACGGGGCCUCUGGCCGAGAAGGCGGGCGACAUUGGGUUUGAAGUCGGCUUGUGUUUGAGUGCGGUUUUGUAUCUGCCGUUCCGAUGGGCCGAGAUUCGAUAUCGGAAGCAGUUGUAG